AGAGAGAGAGAGAGAGAGGAUUACCAUAAAUUCUUGCAGCAGCAAUUCGACCGGGACGAUAAUCUCAGAAGAAAAGACCAAGCUCGGCUGGGAUCGUGAAUUUGGGACGAUGGCGGAGGUGGGAAAGGAGAAUGUGGACCCAGAGAAGGAGAGGCAGAGAGCAGAGAAUGACCGAGCGGCGAUGACGCAGAUGUUGAGGAGGAUCGAGUUGGAAGGGCACGGGGUCAUGAGAUUCCUGUACAGCCAGAAUGUGUUCUUCGUGAGCCUGGAGCGGCUGUACAAGGAGAGGAUCAACCGCGAGGUGCUCAUGCAGCUGCUGCGGCGGUGCGUCAAGAUCAUGAUGACAUGGAUCCCAGAGUUCCGCGGCGUGCUGGUGGACGUGCUGCGCGAGCAGAAGCACAUGCUCGAGAACACGCAGGGCAAGUUCACGCAGAAGCGCAUGCCCAACAACGUCAUCCGCUGGUUCCGCUACCGCCUGCCCAAUGGCUGCCGCAUCAUCGUCCAGGAGAAGCUGCGCGACCUCGGCCAGCAGACCCAGCGCCCCUACGAGCCGCCCGAGCGCGUGCUCAAGCACUGCUUCGGCGGCGACGAGCUCCGCGUCGUCAAGUGGGGCUUCGAGCGCUUCGCCGUCGGCAAGUACAAAUAGCUGCCGUGCUGCUCGCCCUCGCCCGUAUCCUUCCCAUUGCCUCGUGCUGUUCAAUUCUUAUUCUCAUCUUCAAUUCAAUUCCUCGUUUUUUUUUCCACAGAUUUCGACAUUGUAUUUAUCACCAUAGAUCAGAUUGUAUGUACUAGGUUUUACGGUUCUUGAUGUGUGUAACUAGGAAUGAUCGUAGGAUCGUAGAAUUAGGAACUUCCAUGCACUUGAGGCAUUUUGCAGGUCAACGUGGGUAAGCCAACUUUAAGACCUCGCCGGCUGGAAUCUCGAACGAAGGAGGAUUCAAGAGGAGCAACAUUUCAAUAUUCUUGCGCUGGGGACAGCUUCAUCGUUCACUCAAGGAUCCGCCGUCGGACAAGGAGUUCAGAUCUAGGCUUAUAUUCAACCUCCGAGAAUCCCUCUGAGACUCAUCUAUCGCUCAUUUCUGAAUUGAUACGAAUUGUAUGAUGUUACGUCGAUGAGAGUGGCAGCUUGGUUCGUACGUGCGGCUUUGGAUAUAGAGGAAUCAUACUUUACAUUUAACUUACCCCAAGGAAUUUAAAAAUCAGACAUAGAUGUAGAUCUUUGCCGAAGGUAGACCUCACGUUCAACUAUCGUUCUGAUUGGAAAGUGGACUGCUCGAUAAAAUAGGGACAGGUGCUGGUGCGCGAUGGACUCAGGACCAGCAAUGGGGACACUCACAGGUGCGAUUCCAUGGCGCUAGCCAUGAAUCACACCUAGGCGACGAUCUUGGCAAGUGAAAAGUGAAUCGCUGACAGUGAAAGAGAACGACGGGAGACAUGGAAGAUGAUGCAGCAUCUGUUUCGGUCAACGGAUGAGAUAAACAGUGUUUUGAGAUGAGAUAUGCAGUAGGAGUAUUAUACUGAUUUCGUAGCACUUCAAGCACAAGAAAUUAUCAGAUAUAAGACUGCAAAACCAACACUUAUUUCAAAACCAACAUUGCAGUGUAGCAGACGGUGGAGCCUUGUUCGUUCAUCCUCUCUGUCUAUAUCAAACAACAUAAUUCUCUGUAGACCAAUUUUUCAGAAGUAGGACAUAGUUUCACGCUGUAUGGUUCCCGGAUUCUUUGCAGUCCCUUUACGGCGGCUGCAGUGUACCACUGAUCUGCUUCCUGUCUGCCAUAUCACGUCCAAUCAUGACUCUUGAUAUGCGUGUCUAAAAACUUCAGUCCAUGUUCACAGCUACCAUGAGUGUCUAGACGAGUCACAAGAUAGACGAAAUUAUCAUCAGAGAGCUUGAUUGAAAAUUCCAAAAGUCAAGCCCAAGAUGGUGCCCUGCUCUCAUUUCAGCACAAAAACUGGUUUGCGUAAUUAUGCCUUUAAUCAAUACUUAUAGAGCUGCGAUGACCACAAUUGAUCCAUUUCCCAUAGGUUAACCCAAACCACAGCUCAUCCUGAAAUUGAUCAGCUAUGACGUAAGUUAUUGUGUUUGGAUUUGAGCGAUGAAAGAUGCACUGCAUUGAUUGUUGAUGACUAUUGUAUCGACCAUGUCUGUGCAGACUACUUUAAGCCAACGUUGCUGAAAGAAGAGCAAAGAUGCACUCACAGCUUCUUUUAAAAACCCAUUUUUGAGCGAAACUUGCGAUUUUGGCUAUUUGCAUUAAGUCCAUGUAUAUCGGGGACUUGUACGCGCUGACUUUGGUCUACAUUGGUAUUACAAAACACAAGUAAAGCUUGUCGUGGAGUAACAGAAGCUACACAGAAGGAAAAGAUUGCAUAGUAGAAAGAAUGGCUGCAACUUGAUAGAAUCUCCUGUAGGUCUAGCUAAGGCGUCGAGAAGGUAGAAAUAGAAAGGCAUCUGCUUUCGAUUUAUAAGCCUGGUGGAGGUCACAACUGUUGUGCAGCUUUAUUUAAUGACUGAUGGUCGGUAGAAAUUUUAGAUGCUGACGCUGGAGACUAUAAUUCAGAACGAUAACUUCAGUUCUAGUUAUGAAAUUAAAAACGAAGAAACAAAAUCAAAAUCUUAAAAGCUC